AAUCCCCCUCUAAAAACCACCUUUCGAUUCUGAUUAGUUUACUCCGUUUCCAGUGAAAGCGUUGCAGAAGCAAGGAAGAAGAAGAUUGGAGGGGUGAGAGAGUCGUCGUCGUCGGAGGAGGAUGGCGAGUGGGUCGUUGGGGUUGGAGGAGACCGAGCUGCGCCUGGGGUUGCCCGGCGGCGGCGGCGGGGAAGCCGAGGCCGCGAAGAACUCCUGCAAGAGGGGGUUCGCUGAGACUAUCGAUCUGAAGCUGAAGCUUCAGACCCCGGUGGACGCAGAGGAACAGAUCAUAGAGAAAGCGAGAGGCAGCUUGCCGAGCCAGAGGAACCUUGGUGUUUUCUGUGGCAGCGAUCCCGAGAAGCCACCUGCUCCCAAGGCACAGGUUGUGGGUUGGCCUCCAGUUCGAUCAUUCAGGAAGAACAUCCUCUCUGCUCACUCUGAGAAGGGAAGCAAGGAGGGAGGUGAGAAGCCCGGCAACCCGGUGGCUGCCUUCGUCAAGGUCAGCAUGGACGGCGCUCCGUACCUCCGUAAGGUGGAUCUGAAGAUGUACAGAAGCUACCAAGAGCUCUCCAUGGGCCUGCAGAAGAUGUUCGGCUCCUUCACCAGUGGAAACUGUGGCUCUCAGGGGAUGAGCGGGAGGGACUUCAUGAACGAGAGAGAGGUGAUGGAUCUUCUGAAUGGAUCUGAGUAUGUGCCAACCUACGAAGACAAGGAUGGCGACUGGAUGCUCGUCGGAGAUGUUCCAUGGGAGAUGUUUGUUGACUCCUGCAACCGUCUGAGGAUAAUGAAGGGAUCAGAAGCCAUUGGACUCGCCCCAAGAGCAAUGGAGAAAUGCAAGAACAGAAGCUGAAGAUUCCUCCUCCAUCACAGCACAGUGACAACAACAAACACCUUGCUGGGUUUGGAUCGAGUGGUGCAUCUGCAUGUGUAUUGUGCUUCCACAUAUGUUAGUGAUAUAUAUGUUUGUCAGCAUCAUUUCUUGAUUGUUUUAUUUUUAUCUCUUUUUAUGUCUGUGUUGCCCCCUGUUGGUGUGUUUAAUAGAUUGUUCAACAUGUUAUUAAUGUAUGUAGUGUGUGGGUUUGCAUCUA